GCAACGCGGUUGCCGGGCAACGCGGAAGUUUUCAGGUGGAGAUUCCCUGAUACUUGAAUCAGCACAUGGGAAACAGGUGCGUGUCUGCUCGGUGUAUUUGAACCGGGCGUUGAACGUGGAUCCUGUCACUCAGAGAGAAACAACCGGGACUCUCCACCUCCUCCUCCUUCUUCUCCUUCACUCGAAGAAGCAACUCGCUGCGUUUUGAGAUGUUCGCCUUGUUUUGUAUCGUUGUUUUCGCUUCUUCCGGUCGCGUCCUCCCCGCCGCCGGACGACUCAUGCCCGGUCAGCCUCACGCGGUGCCGACGAACGGGACCAAGGUUUUGGCGGCGGCGCGGUUCGCCGUGUUCGAAUUCAACAGAGUCAACGCAGAGGAACAGUUUGAAAUCGUGAACAUCACAUCGGCCAAAAUUCAGGUGGUCGCGGGUAUAAACUACAUCCUGGAAGUGCAGCUGGGAAGCAGAACGUGCAGGAGAAACGGCACUCGGACCCUCUGGGAACCAUGUGAUCUGUCCUCCAAGAGACUUCAGUGCAAGUUUGUCGUCACAGAAAUCCCGUGGAAAGAUUCCCGUGAACUCACUACGAAGAAGUGUCGCUCGCCUGCAUGAUGCCUGAUGUCCUGAAGUGUUGCCAAGUAAACGGUUGUUAUCGA